UGAUAUGCUUUGAAAAUGAAAUUUCAUGGUGUGUAUCGUCAAGCUUGGGUUGAAAGGCUUACUUUGGCAUUUUCAUGCGUUUCUGGUUGAGUCAAUCAUGGAAUGGCGCUUAUAUAAGGGGGUUCUGAACUAUUUCAGAUGUACUGAGGCACUAUUUGGUUAAGACUUAACUUUGAAAACAGACAUUAAGUGGACUGAGAGUUGGAUAAUUUAUGCUGGACCUGGUACUCAUUGCUUUUGCUUUUCCAUAAGAGUAUAUUCUGGAUAUGAACAGACAAAGGAGAGCAGUGGUCUAGGGAAGUGGCUGGGCAUGUUCGAUUUUUGUUUCAACAGCCUAUCAUCACCACAAGAAGAUAUAAACACUGAGAACGCUGAGGGGAAUCCAAUGCUGAAGUAAUCCAGGACUUCUUUACCAAAUAACAGAUUAAAAUGACCCACCUGUGGAAAUGAGAUAACAUACAAAUGAGGGGACAAUACUGAAGAAAUAACAAAAAAAUCUUCCAAGUAAAGUGCCUGAAAAACUAUGACAUGUUUUUGCAGUUUAUGUCAUACAGUGUAAUAAUUGACAGAGUUACAAUUUAUUGUCUAUCUACACAAUAGUUUAUGGCUUUGCAAGAUGUAUGCGGCUUGCAGACCCCCCCUCUGUUCCCUCAAUGGAGUGCUCCACUCUCACAGUCCUUCAUGCCGGAGGAUUCCACUCAUCUGUUCGGAGAGGGGAUUCACGGAGAAGCUUUCUCUACAAGGCUGCCUGGGAGGGGCGCUCUGAGUCCUUUGGAAUUUUAUAUGCCGAUAGCGGAAUACCUCACACAGAGCCCGAUAAACUUUGGUCAAAUUAGCCUCAGUUCAGCGCCGACAAACCUACUGAAUAUAGACCAUCAGCACCCCUCAUUGCCGUCCAUCUCUCUUCCUUCACCCACACCCUACUCCAUCUCUCCCUCCGUGCCUUUACCGUUCACUCUCUCUCACGGUACCACAACUCUCGGCUUCGCGUUCCAGGGAGGUGUGAUCGCCGCAGCCGACACGCGUUCCAGCUGCUCGGGAAAGGUGGCCUGUCCCGCCUCGCCAAAGGUCUUACCCAUCCACUCUCACCUGGUCGGCACCACAUCCGGGACCUCAGCUGAUUGCGCGCUCUGGAAGCGCAUCCUGGCUCGAGAGCUCAGGCUGUACCAGCUUCGACACCGCCGUAGGCUGUCGACGGGGGGCGCCGCAAAACUGCUGUCCCACAUGCUGCAUCCAUUCAAAGGCACUGAGCUUUGCGUCGCAGCCACUCUCUGUGGAUGGGAUGGGGAUGAAGAAAAAGACGAGCAACCAAUUACAGAGAAAUAUGCAAAUACCCCUAUCACUCAAAUAGCAGCAAGCGAUUCAUGUAUCCAAUCAGCAGCAACCCAGCCGUUCAUAGCUGCUCCUGCAGUUUGUAAAUCUCCAGCUCAACAAGUGGUCAAGCCUCGUUCGGGAAUAUGUGGCCCACGGGUUGUUUAUGUGUGCAGUGACGGGCUGCGCCUGCAGGGGGAGCUGUUCUCUGUGGGAUCGGGCUCGCCCUACGCAUACUCGAUCCUGGACAGCAGCGUUUACUGGGGAAUGAGCGUACAGGAGGCCGCUUCAGUCGCCAGGGAGGCCGUGUACCGAGCCACAUACAGAGACGCGUACUCGGGCAAUAAUGUAGAUCUCUACCAUGUUACUGCCAAAGGGUGGAGGCGCAGAGAGAGGGAAAACUUGAAAGAGGAGUAUUACAGAGAGAAAGAGAGGGAGAUAAAGAGAGUGGCGGAGAGAAAAACAGAAAAGAAAGCAAUUUUAAAGUGUGAUGAUAGAGAUAUAGUUUGAGGAGAAACAUGAGGCAGAUUUUGAAAACAUGAAUGAUGAGAAAAUUAUUUUAUAGCAAAGACAAACAUGUAUUGAUAAUUCUUUAAAGGCCCACUGAAGAGUGUUGGAACACGCAGCAUUAUUCAAUGUGUUGACGUAAUUUCAACUGAAACAGGAAGACAGGACAAUAUAUCGAACAGCCCCGCCCCUUUUUUUAAAUAGCCAAUAGCGUUUCGUUUAUGUUACAGCUUGCCAGAGCCGUUAGACUCUGUAAAACCUCUGUUUCCUCCUAAUCUAUAACCGUUUCUCCUCAUAAUGUCCUUUAAAUCGCUUAUAUACAGCAUUAUUUAUGCGGCGGUUCACGUUAUACUAACGCGAAAACGAACUCCAUUCGCAUCAAAGGAAAGCAUGUUUACACUGUCUGAAUCGUUCCCUGUUCUCUAUAUAGUGCUCUAUGUGCCAUUCACCAUUUAGAAACUAGUAAAUGUGUGAGCAAAUGACCGAUUUCAGCUGAGGCUUCACCGUCUGUAAGAGUGUAGGAGGAGGUGGGACUUCAGAUUCUAGAGAGCAUUUGAUUGGACAGAAGAUUUGACGAGAAACUGAAGUGCGAUGUGAUGUCACGAAAAUCCGUGAUCCAUUUUUAGCGGAAGUGAGAGACUGUAAGUUUUAAUGCUUAUAUCUCCUAAAUGCGAAUUUUGUCAUUGUUUUGGAACACACCAUCUUAUUCAUAACCAUAAGGUUAAGAUAUUCAUACUAAAAGCUAAAAAAAAAUACAUUUUGAUUUCAGGGGGACUUUAAGAUUUAUAGUUCUUGGUGUUUCACAUUGUGAAUGAGCUUUCUUAAACAAAUAGUGCAGCCAAAAAGGACGUUUUUGUACCAAAACUGUAUGAUUUUUCUUUUUCUGAGAAACACAAAAGGAGAUGAUUAACAGAACGCCUGCAUGAGAUGUAUGGGAUAUUUUUGUGGUACUUUGGACUUUUAUUAGUUAAAUAAUUUUGCUGAAUGUCAGAAGCUUGAUUGUAUCUUGGGCAUUAUGGUAAAAAUCUAAUUUUAUGUUAAAAAAUGUAUGUUAAAAAAAAGAAGGAAAAAAGAACUUAUGGGUUUAGAAUGAUAUUGCUUUUAAUUUUUGAGUGAACAAACUUUUUACCAUUACACUUCUAAUGUAAUAACUAAUAAAGAAUAUACAUUUCAUGUAUAAACUUGUAAGAUCGAGCAGAAAUCAGGACUCAACACUAAGGAAUUUUUUCUAUUGUCCUGGUUGAACCAUGGUUCAAAUUUUUACUUGCCCUGCCAAAUUGUGCUCUAACACAAAAAAGUAAUAAAUAUUUUUUUUUUUUUUAACUUGCAUUCUAAUAAAUAGGGUUAAGACACCAACAUUUUACAGACCAGUGAAAUUUCAUAAUUAGUUUAACUAAUAUAAAUUGAAAACAUUAUUAAAGACAAGUAAAGAAUCAUUAGUAAAAUAAAAUCAAAUAAACAAAUUACAAGCAAUAGCACAAAUACAUAUGAUAGAACAAAGAUACAAAUGAAAAAAAAAGAAAAAAAGGUAAUUCAGACAUAUCUAGUCCUUCAAUCAUUUUAUGCCUUAAAACAUAACUUUGAUCUCCAAAAUUACAUAUUUAAACGUUUUUUUUUCUUUGAAAAAAUAUUUAUUUAUGCCAUAAAAUAGCUUGAUUGUAACUCUACACCCUUGCCUCGUUUAGUAUAUGCGCUUCUAUGUAUAUGCAAAUUAGCCCCGCCUCCACUCACUCCAGUUAGAGAUCCACACGUUGACGUUCUUCAGCACAUCUGUUCAUAUUCAUGCUGUAAUAAACAAAUGUGUGCCAAAUGUGUCUCUGAUCUCUGCUGUGUUUUAAAAGUUUUCAAAUACCUGGUGAUGUCACAUCAUUUAGCUGGACGCUCAAAGGUUUUACAUUCCUGCCAAGAGUGGAAGGCUGUGGAGGUUAAAGCAUUGUAAUGACCCCUACAGGAUAGAGAUGGGAUUGCUGUUUUUCAAUGUGUGAUGAAAAUCUCUGACAGACUCUGUACUUUACUUUAUUAAUCUCCCCCAUAACUAAUCCUUAACUUUAGAAGUUCACUUUUCACUUCUUUCAUUGAUUUGAAUCCUAUAUGGAAGCCAAAAAUAAGGGGUUUUAAAUGAUGGUUUUAUAUA